UUGAAAAUGAAUUGUCUUUUUAUUUGAUUUUUUAAUAAAAAAAAAUUAAAAUGAAUAAUAAAUAUUACUAGAUUCUAAAUUAUUUUCAUAUUAAUAUUCAAUGUGUAUUAUUAUAAAUUAAGUAAUAAAUUUGAAAAAUGCCAGUUGAUAUAAAUCGUUUAACUGAUGGUUGGCUUGAAUUAGAGAGUGAUCCUGGACUAUUUACAUUGCUUUUAGAAGAUUUUGGUGUAAAAGGUGUUCAAGUUGAAGAAGUUUAUGAUUUACAAAAAUCAAUUGAAGGACCUGUUUAUGGUUUUAUAUUUUUGUUCCGGUGGAUAGAGGAAAGGCGUGCCAGAAGGAAAAUUGUUGAAACUACUGAAAUUUAUGUUAAAGAUGAAGAGGCUAUUAACAAUAUAUUUUUUGCCCAACAAGUAGUACCAAAUUCAUGUGCAACACAUGCACUUCUUUCGGUUCUUUUAAAUUGCGCUGAUUUACAUUUGGGUGAUACUCUUCAACGUCUUAAAGUUCAUACAAAAGGAAUGUGUCCCGAAAAUAAAGGAUGGGCAAUUGGAAACACUCCAGAAUUAGCUUGUGCACAUAAUUCACAUGCAACAAAAAUGCAAGCGCGUAGACGUCAAGACAAGAGUAGUGGUAUAAGUACGGGACGUUUUACUGGAGAAGCAUUUCAUUUUGUUAGCUUUGUACCCAUAGAAGAUCACUUAUUUGAAUUAGAUGGUUUAAAACCAUUUCCUAUGGAUCAUGGUCCCUGGGAUACAAAUGAAGAUUGGACUGAUAAAUUUAGACGAGUAAUAACUGAUCGUUUAGGUAUUUCUACCGGUGAGCAAGACAUUAGAUUUAAUUUAAUGGCCGUUGUGUCUGAUCGCAGAAUAGCGUUAACUCACAAAUUAAAAAUGUUACGUACAAAUAAGCAAAUAAUAUCGGCCACCUUACAGAAACUUUUAAAAGCGUCUGAGAAAUUAAGUGAAGCAGUUAAGGAAGGAAAAUCCAAUAAUACUGAUACUGAUGAUAUGAGACAAGAAGGUAAUAGGAGCCCUUCACCAACAUCACUUUUAGAAUCAAAUGCGUUUACUGUUCGUGAUCUACAAAAUUUAUUAAAGAAUUUGGAUUCUGAAAUUUCAGUAAACGAACAGCAUCUAAAUGAUGAGAACGAUAAGCGAUACAUGUUCAAAGUUGAUGAUAAUCGACGAACACACAACUAUGAUGAAUUUAUUUGUACUUUCCUCUCAAUGCUAGCCCAUCAAGGAUUGUUAGGAGAUUUAGUAGCACAACAUUUACUUCCUAGUAAAAAGAUGUCAGGACAAAAUGCUAGCCGCAUUGGUCGGCCAGCAAAGAAGAAUGGAAGUCCACCCAAACCAGCUGGUAGAAGAAGAAAAGGACGAAAUAAAUGCAAGAAAAGAAAAUAAAAUUAAUACAAAUACUACUCAUAUUACAUAACAACACAGAUUAAAUUUCAAAAUAUCAAAAAUAAAUAAAACUCAUAAA